AUGACUAAGAGAGCUCCACCGGGCCAAAUUUUCUCACAAAACUCCCAACUGAACUCUUUCCUCUUCUCCAGUUCCAACCAACACCAAAAGUCCAGUGUGGACCGAGACCAAGAAAUGAGAUUGAUCUUCGGUGCAUGCUGGAAGAACCCACUAAUAGGACCAGUGAAGAAACAACAAACAUCGCACCAAACAGACUCUAUCAUGAUGAGAUUCGCAUUAGAACCGGAAUUUUUAAUAGGAAGAGCCGGAAGAGGUAUGGCAGAGGCUGAAAGCCCUGUCGUCGAUGCUUAUAAUGGUUCUCCUGAGUAG